GGCGAUUUCAUAUGGAUUGAGUCACCAUCAAAAACCCUAUUCUCCUGCCCAAUUGGUGCACGAGUUGUCGAUGCAGAUGGAGGAAAAAUUAAGGUUGUAGAUGAUCAAGGAAGGGAACAAUGGCUAACAUCAGAACGACGUAUCCGUUUGAUGCAUCCCACUUCCAUACAGGGAGUAGAAGAUAUGAUACAACUUGGAGACCUCCAUGAAUCUGGUAUUCUCAGAAACCUAUUUGUACGCUAUUCUGAAAAACUUAUUUAUACAUACACGGGUUCUAUUUUAAUAGCUGUUAAUCCAUAUAUGGAUUUACCAAUAUAUGCUGCUGAACAAAUUCGUAUGUAUCGAAAUCGACGAAUUGGUGAAAUGCCGCCACAUAUUUUUGCAAUAUCUGAUAAUGCAUACAAUAAUAUGAAAAAAAGUGAUAAAGAUCAGUGCAUAAUAAUAAGUGGAGAAUCUGGAGCCGGUAAAACUGAAUCAACAAAAUUGGUGUUACAAUUCUUAGCCACAAUUUCGGGUCAACAUUCAUGGAUUGAACAACAGGUGUUAGAAGCAAAUCCAAUAAUGGAAGGUAAAAAGUUAAACAGUUAA